AGUUAUCACAAAAAAUCCGCCUCUUCAUAAAGCAGAAUGGCACCUCUACCUACGGAAAAGAACAUAUUUACUACGGUUCCGCCACAAAUACAGGAGAAGAAAAGUGGCCAACUGAGAGAUGAACAAAUAAGGCAAUUUUUUGAAGAAGGUUUCGUUGUUGUGGAAGACUUCUUUGAUAAAGAAACAGAAUUAGAACCGUGUAGAGAAGCUAUUAAUAAGCUUGUAGAUGAUUGUGCAAAGAAGUGGUUCGCUGCUGGAAAGAUUCAUAAUUUACAUUCGGAUAAGGGCUUCAAUGAAAGACUAACCUAUUUAGAGAAGGAACUUCCUGGUGCAACUGUUCUUCUACAUAAAUUGGGAAAAUUACCUGUUGCUUUUCAAAAAGUAUGGUCAAAUGAGCGAAUACUCAAUGUUGUGGAACAAUUAAUUGGUUCAGAUAUUCAAGGACAUCCUGUGUGGAAUCUUCGAACAAAAUGUCCCAAUAACGAGGCAACUGUUGUCCCUUGGCACCAAGAUAGCGCUUACUUAGACGAAAACUCUUAUGACGUUUUGCAAGUAACAGCUUGGAUUCCGUUAAUUGAUGCUAAUGAGACGAAUGGGUGCAUGCAGGUUGUUCGAAAAGGACAUAAAAAAGGGAUUGUGGCGAAGCAUAGUUGUUGCGUAGGAAAUACUUGGUACGUAAUGCUAGAGCCAGAGGAAAUGAUAAACACAUUGGAAUGUGAUAUGGAAUCGAAUGUCGUUACUUGUCCUGUUCCUUACGGAGGUGUCUUACUCCUAAGCAACAUGAUACCGCAUCAAAGUUUACCAAAUAAGUCAAACAUUAUAAGAUGGAGUCUGGAUUUACGAUGGCAAAAGUCAAACACGAAUGUAGGCUUUCAUGGCCUAAAGGAAGGUAUUGAAAUGAGAAGGAGUGGCUGCAAGUAUGAAAUUGAUUGGAAGCCGUUUCUUAGUCAAAAGCAGAUGAACAAUAUUUUAAGUGAUCCUUCGAAAACCGCUGAAGAGAAUGAAUUUGAUACAACGAUAACUGGUCCAUGGAUGAAAAGAUGGGAGAUUGUUCAUGAGAAUAAGCAUACUGAUCGUCUACAAGAAAUAGAUAAUGCAUAUUCUAAACCUUAA